AUGCUGACUCCAAGCAAAGCGACACCCAAUGUGCCCUUCCCUUCUCCCCAGAUCGGGCUACCACAUCAUCGCUCAUCGCCGAACAACAGCGUUCCCAGCAGCCCAUUUCGACUAGCACCCAGCGCGUCGCAGUCAGCCUUGACUCCCUCACCUCGUCACUCUUUGCGCAGUAGAGUCUCACCCGCUCCUUCGGUCGCACCUCCGCUGGAAGGGCGUGUGCUGGCCAUUCUGCUCAAAAGCGCGGCAAAAGUCCACCGCUCUGCGAUCCUCAACAGAGCUGCUUCAGCUGGUCUGCGCUGUAUCGCAGAGCGAACAGAGCGCUGGCUAGCGGACACGGAUGGCGACUUCUUGGAUGCCUUCUUGCUACACGAGUCUUCAGACUUUGCCAGAUCAACAUGGGCGCAUAGACUGACACGAGGUGACAUUCGCGUGCUUGUGCUGGAAGGUCCUGGCGGUACGGACACUUGGACGAAGCUGAUGGGUCGCGACCACGAAGUCGAAGGUCCUGCGAUCGAGCUCGACGACGAGGAGGGGCCAGAUGAAGGUCUCAGGAGAACAUUUGGCGAUGCUGCUGUGUACGGCUCGUCCAAAGAGCACGCCACAGAGCGACAGAUUGCGAUUUGCUUUCCCGAAUUCGCAAAGGCAGGUGUGCUUGAUGCAUUUGCAGCGGAAGCCACCAUCGACUCGGAUGUUCAAUCCUCCGCACCGCGAGACCAAGCUGACGUUGAUGAACAGGAAGGCACGAGCGCGCUUCCGCUCGAGGACAGCAUGCAUCACAGCUCGGCCCACAGCAGAGUGGAUUCUGCGGAUGCGGUAGAGCCAAUCGACGUACCCGACGUAGACGAGGCAGACGAGCAGGCUCAUGUACACCACAUGUCGCGUGAGAACAGCACGCUUAUCCUCAGCGCCGACGAUGUUCAGUACGAUGAAGGUGGCAGAGCAUUUGCUCCGGAUGGAACAGAGCUGGCAUUGGAAGAAGAGCUACACUCCACAUACGAGCGGGGCGGCCAUGCACCGGUCGUCGAUGACGAGCUUUCCAGACCAUCUUCGAGUCACACUAGCACGCAUGAUCCCGCAGCGCGUCUCGUUGCGAAGGGCUCACCAAGUGGAUCCGCGUUUCGAGCACGACCGCUACCUGCCUCUACCCAUUCUGCUACACGCCAACCCCGUCUCUCGCGCGCUGCUGCGUUAAGAAUGGGUGUGGACCUGCCUGCUCCGCCUGUUCGCAAAGCGACUGAAGCCGAAAAGAACGCCGCGUCAAAUGACUCAAUUGAGCUGGGUAUCAGCGGCCUGCGCAAAGCAAAAGCACAGCGUCCCACCUCUAUAGCACAGCCCACCACUGCUCCGAGGAUGAACCGGGCGGCAGCUAUUCGCGCCGGAAUAGAGCUUCCCCCCGCACCUGUCAGGAAGCCCUCCACGGAGCACAAGAAAGUGGUCGAUACCGGUGUGGAGCUUGGCAUUAGCGGAGUGCCCAAGACAAAGGCGGCCCGGCCUGCUUCCAUCGCUGGGCCAACACAGGCUCCUCGCAUGAAUAGGGCCGCUGCCAUCCGCGCUGGUCUGGAGCUUCCACCCACUGCGCCACGGACAAGGGCCAUUUCCUCCGCAACGAAUGGCACAGAUGUGUCCAAGUCGUCGUCUGUGGGCAAUGUAGGUAUCAGUGGUCUCCCGCGAGCAGAAGCCGCGAAGCCAAAGAGCCUUCAAGCGCCAAGCGUAGUGCCUAGAGGAAAUCGCGCGAGCGUGGCUCGGGGCGUCAACGACCCUACGGGCAGUCCCACUCGAAGCAUGAAGCAAGCCGUCAAUGGUGCGCAGCCCACGCCUCAAGCAGAUUAUACCGCAUCGGGUCACAGACGAGGCUCGCAGAGCGUAUCCAGCAUCAAAGCGCUCGGCACGCCCAGCAUUGCACCGCGGAGCAACAACGCAGCAACUCGGAGAUUGAGCGUGCACGCCUUUCCCAGCGCGGGAGAUGCCCCCAGCACAGAUGGCGCUCUCUCGAGCCGGCCUGCUAGCUCUAUGGGCUCGGCCAGGCCUAGAAGCGCGGCUGGGCGAAGCUCCAACACGGGCAUAGUUAUGGGGAGAAGUCAGAGCGCAGCGAGUCGACCCGCCGGUCGAGCAUCUUCUGUAAGUGGCACUGUCUCUAAUGACACUCAGACCUCGGUGUUGCGCGCCAAAGCCCCACCUAGCUCCUUCAGAGGCUUCGCGUGA